AUGGAUAGCAUGACUCACAAGAUGGAAGGAAAUGCGGACCACGACCACAGUGGCAUGCAUAUGGGAGAUGGGGAUGAUACAUGUUCAAUGAACAUGCUAUUUUCGUGGUCAUACAAAAACACCUGUGUCGUCUUUGAAUGGUGGCAUAUCAAGACCCUGCCUGGACUGAUUUUCAGCUGUUUAGCAAUCUUUGGAUUAGCCUACCUCUACGAGUAUUUAAAGUACUGCGUCCAUAAGAGAAAAUUAUCACAGAGAGUAUUGUUACCGAAUAGAUCUCUGACCAAGAUCAAUCAAGCCGACAAAGUAUCUAAUAGCAUUCUAUAUGGUUUGCAAGUGGGAUUCUCGUUUAUGUUGAUGCUUGUAUUCAUGACUUAUAAUGGUUGGUUGAUGCUAGCUGUCGUGUGUGGGGCAAUAUGGGGUAAUUAUAGCUGGUGCACUUCGUAUAGUCCUGAGAUAGAUGACAGCUCCCUCGCCUGCCAUUGA